GGGUCGCCGCCGCCGGUGUGGAGCAGUAGCCGGAUCCACCACCACACCACCACCUCCACCACAUCACCACCGCCACCCAGUCACACCACCACCACCGCCGCCGCUGCCUCCCUCACCGCCACUUCCACCUCUACCUCCGCCGCCGUCGCCGCCUCUUCCUUCUCAGAUUCUCUAACUGACUGGACCGGCUGGAGGGAGCUCGGGCGGAUGGACUCGCCGCCUCUCCCCGCCUGAGCCCCCGCACACCGACCGCCCUGUGGGGCUGAAGCCCGGCUUCUACCGCACGAAACCGAAAAAGAGGAGGAGCCACUACCGUCGGGCUUCUCCGCGCCGCAGCCUCCAGCAUGGUUGACUAUAUUGUGGAGUAUGACUAUGACGCAGUACAUGAUGAUGAACUGACCAUUCGUAUUGGAGAUGUCAUCAGAAAUGUGAAAAAACUAGAAGAGGAAGGAUGGUUAGAAGGAGAACUAAAUGGAAGAAGGGGGAUGUUUCCUGAUAAUUUUGUUAAGGAAAUUAAGAGAGAGGUUGAAGCCAAGGAUGAAAAUUUUCCUUUCAAGCGAGAUAAGCCCGGAAACGUAGCCAAUCUUGUACAACGCAUAAGCACUUAUGGACUUCCAGCAGGUGGAAUUCAGCCACAUCCUCUAACCAAAAAUGUUAAGAAGAAAGCAAAGAAACGACAGUGUAAAGUUCUCUAUGAGUAUAAUCCACAAAAUGAAGACGAAUUAGAACUCAGACUGGGAGAUGUUAUCGAUAUUAAUGAAGAGGUAGAAGAAGGCUGGUGGAGUGGAACUUUGAACAACAAGUCAGGACUGUUUCCCUCAAAUUUUGUGAAAGAAAUAGAGGUAGCUGAAGAUGGAGAAGCCCAUGAAGUUCAAGAGGAAUCAGAAGCUGUUUUUACUAGCCCUACCUCACCAAUAGCCCCUCUAGGAAAUGAGAGUGAAACUGCAGUUGGAUCAGUUGCACAGCCAAAGAAAAUUCGAGGAGUUGGAUUUGGAGAUAUUUUUAAGGAAGGUUCAGUGAAGCUCCGAACAAGAAUGUCCAGUAAUGAAGCAGAUGAGAAAAAAACAGACAAGCCUUUAUUUACACAUUCACUAGGAUUCAGACCAGCACAGUAUCAGAAUGUAGAAGUAGCAAAAGCAGAAAUUGAAGGCAAAUAUAAAGCUAAGGAAUAUUGUAGAACAUUAUUUGCCUACGAAGGUGCUAAUGACGAUGAACUUUCUUUUAAAGAAGGGGAAAUCAUCCAUUUGAUAUGUAAGGACACUGGAGAAGUAGGAUGGUGGAAAGGUGAACUUAAUGGUAAAGAAGGAGUGUUUCCAGAUAACUUUGCUAUUCAGAUACAUGAACAAGACAAGGACUUUCCAAAACCAAAGAAGCCACCACCCCCUUCCAAAGGUCCAGCUCCCAAGCCUGAGCCUGCAGUUUUAGAGAAGAAAUAUUUUUCUUCUAGGCUUGAAGAAAAGGAUGAAAAAUCAUCCCUGGAACAGAAAACUUCAAAGCCAACUGCUCCCCAAGUACCACCCAAGAAACCUAUUCCUCCUAACAAAGCCAACAAUUUAUUAAGAUCCUCAGGGAUGAUGUAUCCAAAGCGACCUGAAAAACCAGUUCCUCCACCACCACCACCUGUCUCUAAGCUCAAUGGGGAAGUUCCUCCCUUCUCGACAAAGGCAGAAAAUGAGCCAGGAUUGAAACCAAAGUUAGAUUCUGAACAAGUACCUCUUAGACCAAAAUCAGUAGACCUAGAUUCAUUUGUACUAAGGGGCUCUAAAGAUACAGAUGCUGUAAAUUUUGAUGACAUAGCUACCUCCGAAAACCUUUUACAUCUUACUGCAAAUAGACCAAAAAUGCCUGGGCGAAGGUUACCUGGUCGUUUCAAUGGAGGUCAUAGUCCAAUUCAAAGUCCAGAAAAAACCUUGAAGUUUCAGAAAGGUGAGGAAGAAGGUGCCAAAUUAAAGACAACUGAAAUUAAAAAGGCACCUGGGUAUACUUCAGGCUCUGCAGCUUCAUGUCCUAGAACAACUUUCCUCAGUUCAGUAGAUGCCAAAACAAAAGGAGAAUUUGAUGAUGGGAAGAGAAACAUACUAGAUGACCUCAGAACACAAGUUGUUGAGUUACUGUGUGUUGUAGAAGCAAUCAAAAAGGAACAUGGGAAAGAACUAGAAAAACUAAGAAAAGAAUUGGAAGAGGAAAAGACAAUUAGAAGUAACCUAGAGGUGGAAAUAGAAAAGCUGAAAAAAGUAGCCCUGUCUUCUUGAGGGAGGUGUGACGUAGACUCAGUGUUCUUCUUUGGCCAGGGAUUCAUAAACGAGAAUAUGAACUGAAAACUGACUUGUUUACUUCCAAGUAACAAAAGAUUUUUGGCGUGCUAUAGGGAAAAAAAAAAAUGAGUACAUGAGUUUUCAUAUCUUACAGAAGGGGAAAGAUGAAAAUUGUGUAUUUUAUUUUAUUUUAUUUGCCAAUAUGAAAAAGAGGCCUUAUUUCUUACUGUGCUGGAAUUGCAAACCUCUUUUUUUUCCUGGUUUGCAUGAAAAUACUACUGAACCUGUAUAAAAAGGAGAGGAAGUUGGUAAUAGAUUUUUAUUGAAUACCGACAGUGUAAUUUUCAAAGACGUCUAUACUAUAAAUAGGUUGAUAUAUAUCUUCAAGUAACCUGCAAAAUAGACUGUGGGAAGGGGACACAUUAGCUUAAUAAUCACUAACUUGUAGAAAUUAUUUUUCCCAUAGUGCAAAAGGGACAAUAGAAUAUUUGUAUGUGUAUAUAUGUAUGUAUAUUAAAAUAUAUAUAUAUUUUAUUUUUAGCUUUCCUACCCAAGAUUACACUGUUGUGCCUAUAUGUCUGCAGUGCUGUUUAUCAUUUGGGUGACAAACAGAAAUGUGUUAGCUAUAAAGCAGAUGAAUCAAUCACAUAUGCAAAUUUAAAUAGCUUAUGAAAUAAAUUUGAUAGCUGAAAUAUUUCAUGCCAUUUGCACUAUAGGGUUCAAAAAAGGAAUUUAUUAAACAAUAUUUCAAUCAUUAAGUAUAUUUUUAAAAGAAUAAGAUAUUCUUAAAUCUGUCAAAGCUAAGCAGCCAGAAAGUUGUCCCUUCAGUUCAAUGUGCCUAGAAACUGUAGCACAUUUAACAUGUAAGCAUCAGCCUUAUUGCUGUAUUUCUCUGCUUAAUCAAAUAUUACCUAGCCUAUGGUCUUAUAAUUUAAUCCUCUCCCCUUUUAAAAUACCAUUAAUAAAACAAAAUGCAAAUCUUUAGGAAAUUCAUCAAGAGAUCAUACUUUCAGAGCAGUCAACUCAUCAUGUAAAUAUUCAAUUUAAGAAAUAUUAUUUGCCUAAUUAACUUUUUGGAGUUAAGUUGAACUGUCGAGUACAUAUUAACUUUAUAAAAAAUGCUCUUUUACUUCAGAGAUCACAGUAUCAUCACAUUUGUUCUAUCAUUACAUUUGUUUUUUAAAGAGUUGCAUUUUCAUAAAUCACAUGGUCAACAGCUCCUUUUAAAUUCACCAACCUUGACACAAUUUUAAAAUAUUUUCCUAAAAAUGUGUCAAAAACCUCAAAUAUGAACAUAGUCCUACUUGGAUUUAUAGGUUUUACUGGUAACUAAUAUCUUUUUUAAAAACAAAGCCACAGUUUAAGGUGUAACUCCAUUAUUGCAAAUAGCCAGAAGAUUUCCAGUGGAUGAAAUAAGGCUUAUGGUUGUAGGGUGACUGUGUGCCAGAAGGUUGUAAUUUUUUUUCCUUGUUAUUUCAACUUAAAACUCAAUACAGAUUUUUCACUUUGCAAUUUAAUUUUAUACAGCUGAAAUGUUUGGGUUUUUAAAAAUUAUAAUUAUUUUUCCCCCAGUACAAUAUAAUCAAAAUAUUGAUUCAUAUUGAUGUUGAAAUAAUGCAUAUAUUGCUUUUGGGAUAGCUGAUUUGGUUAAAUAAGUAUGUGUUGCCUCAUUAUGAAGGUCAUAGAUUUCUGUCCCAAUCAAAUCAUCAUUCAUCAAAAUUAGCUAUCAUUGUUCCAUGUAUUUGACCAAGCAAAUGAAGAUUUUUUUUUUUUUACCCAAACCUUUCCCCCAAAAAAAAGUUCCCCUCCCCUCCCCUGCCUUGGUUUUAAUGAUAGACACACAGUGCUAAAGGGGAAAAAUUUAAGCUCUCUACAAUCUAGGAAUCAUCUUCAUUAGAAAGUAUGUUCAAAGAAGUUUUUCUUUCUUUCCUUGGUUUGCUAGUAGUAAGAUCAUUCACAUGUUAAUUAAAACACAUCAGGACAGUAAACUUGUUUUUUAAAUAUGAGAUUUGCAAAAUACAUAUAUAAGAAAGUCCCUGGUAUCCAUUAGUUGCUCUACCCCUAACUUCCUAAGGAAAAGAAAAAAGCAGUUGCAUUAAAUGGUCUCCACUUAUCUGUCUUCAUUUAAAGAAGAAAAAUGUUCCUUCAGUAUAGCAGCUUGCCAGUACAGUUUUGGUAUAUUAUAUAAUGUCACUAGAAAUUCAUGUUCAUGAGAGCUGUAUUAUCAUAUUAUUGUAUAUAGAAAUAUAAUAUGUAGGAAUGCGGAAUUUACAUUCUGAAAGGGGUGCAAUUUUCAUGCAUUGAUGAAAUGUUCUUGUCAAAUGUGCACACAUAAGCACAAAGCUUUGAGUCAACUAUGUGAUAUCUGUGAUGACCAUUAAAAUGCUGAAAUAUCUGAGAAUGCAAUGCAUAUAUAAGUAUGCCACAGUUUUUGACAUGUAAUGCAUUGGUUUAGUAUUCACAUAUCAUCCUAAAGACAUCAAAAAUGAAUACUCCCAAUUUUAAAAAUAUUUGUUGUGUCUGUAAUUUUUUUCUUUACUAUUUUUCUCUGCUGAUGAAAAUGGAAAAGUAGACCUGAUGUCAUAGAAAUUUAUUUUCUAUUUUCUCACUGUGAUUAUAGCACAACAAAAUGUGCUUCAAAUUAUCUUCAAAUGUUUUGUCCACAUGAAAACUUACAAUGAAUGAGCAGAAUAAGACAAUCAGUUAUACUUAGAAAUGAAAAGUGUUACAAUAAUAAAAUGACCUUGUUUUGUUGUAGCAAUAAAAUGACCAAGUGCAAUGACUUGAUUUAAUAAAUCAUCUUUCCAAAGCUGCUGCUAUGAGUAUUUUUAACCAUAAAAUGUCCUAAUCUAAUGCAUUCCUCUCUCUUUUGCUGCUGUUGCAUAUUACAUUGGGUUUGAUGAGUAUUCCAACAUUCCAAAAUGUAUUGAAUUCAAAGUCAGUGUAAACAUAUUCUUGUGUUUACAGAUACUGUAAAAUGCAUGUUUUCCCUGGAAAAAAAAUUCAAAUAAAAAGAAAAUACUGCUACUUA